AUGACACAGAUUGAUGAAGGGUUCAGUUCAGAUGAGGAUAAGGGGCCUCUUUCAAAGAAGCAGUUACAGGAAAUUGAGAGACGGCGUUUGAAAAAUAAAAAGAAGAAGUUAUCAAAGAAGAAAAGAGAACCAAGAACAGAAUCUGAUGGCAAUCUUAAAGAGUCUGGAGUAGACUCACAGUCUGAGGAUAAGGAAGAAAAGCCUGAGACCGAUGGCGAUGCCAUGGACAUAGCAACCAAAGAUGAUCUUGCAGUUGAGAUUGAUUAUGUAGGAGAAUCUCCUGUGAUGGACGACACAGAUCCGAAUUUCAAGUAUUUCUCCAGUGUGUUCAAUUCCUUUACGGUUGAUGCCAUAGAUGAGAAGAAAGAAACUUUCCGUUUCUCUAAGAUUGAUGAUUCCCAAAGACCAACUCUCGAUAAAAUAUUAGCUGAAGAGUUCACAGAAAAGAAUGAUGAAACAGAUUUACAAAAAAUGUCCAGGAGAAAGCUUAGAUUAGCCAUGCAACCCAGCGUUGCUAAACUUAAAGAAUCUACUACUCGUCCCGACGUUGUUGAAUGGGCUGAUGUUACUUCUCGCGAUCCUUUCCUUUUAGUCCAUCUCAAAUCUAUUCGAAACACCGUUCCAGUCCCAAGACAUUGGAAUUCAAAGAGGAAGUAUCUUGCUGGUAAAAGAGGAUUUGAAAGACCACCUUUCCAACUUCCUGAUUUCAUUAGAAGGACAGGUAUUCAGGAGAUGAGAGAAUCUCUCUGGGAGAAGGAAGAUCAUCAGAGCUUGAAAUCUAAAAUGCGAGAGAGAGCCAGACCAAAACUUGGAAAAAUUAAUAUCGAUUAUCAGAAGUUACACGAUGCCUUCUUUAAAUGGCAGACCAAGCCUCUCAUGACUAGCAUGGGAGAGUUAUAUUAUGAGGGAAAAGAAAUAGAAGGAAUUAUGAAGGAUAAGAAGCCUGGGCAUUUGUCUGAUGAGUUACGUAUUGCAUUGGGUAUGCCUGUUGGACCAAAUUCACAUAAGUUCCCUCCUCCUUGGCUCAUUGCUAUGCAAAGAUAUGGUCCUCCACCAAGCUACCCUAACUUGAAAGUUCCUGGUUUGAAUGCACCAAUUCCUGAAGGUUGCGCUUUCGGUUAUCAUGCUGGAGGAUGGGGUAAGCCUCCAGUUGAUGAUUAUGGAAAGCCAUUGUAUGGUGACGUCUUCGGUGUUGAACCUCAAUCGCAAUUAGAAGCUGAAGAUGAGUCUCGUAUUGAACGAAGACAUUGGGGUGAGAUUGGAUCAGAUGUUGAUUCCGAUGUUGAGAGCGAACCUGAUGAUGACGAAGAUGAUGAGCCAACUAAGGUUGACGGCAUUGCAACUCCAUUGACUGAAACAGGACUGGUGACUCCAAGUGGAAUAAGCACUAGCGUCACAGGACUCGAGACUCCAGAAUCCAUCGAGUUGAGAAAGGAGAAACGAGAUGAAGGCUUAACUGGUGUCGAUACUCCUGCUCUUCCAACAGCUCCUGCUGCAGCCUAUCACAUUAUUCCUGAACGUAAGGUUGAUCGCGUCGGAGGCCAAAUGAUGGCUUCUACUCACGUUUAUGAUCUUACGAAGAAACAAGCUGUUAAUGAGAAUGGAAUUGUCGUGGCUCUGGAUCCCGAAGCUAUGGAUUUAGACCAAGGUGUUCUCCAAGAGAAAUAUGAAGAGCAAUUGAGAAAGCAAACACGUCCUGAUGACUCUGAAGAUCUAACAGAUAUGGUCGCUGAGCAUACUGCCAAACAAAACAGAAAGAGAAAAGCCCAAGAGCAGAAAAAACAAACUACUAAAACGCAAGAGUCUGGUAAAAAGCAUAAAGACUUCAAGUUCUAG